ACCUAGAGAAUCAAGACAUAAUGGGAGCAUUUUUAGACAAACCAAAGAUGGAAAAACAUAAUGCCCAGGGGCAGGGUAAUGGGUUGCGAUAUGGGCUAAGCAGCAUGCAAGGCUGGCGAGUUGAAAUGGAGGAUGCACAUACUGCUGUGAUCGGUUUGCCAAGUGGACUUGAAACAUGGUCAUUCUUUGCUGUGUAUGAUGGGCAUGCUGGUUCUCAGGUUGCCAAAUACUGCUGUGAGCAUUUGUUAGAUCACAUCACCAAUAACCAGGAUUUUAAAGGGUCUGCAGGAGCACCUUCUGUGGAAAAUGUAAAGAAUGGAAUCAGAACAGGUUUCCUGGAGAUUGAUGAACAUAUGAGAGUUAUGUCAGAGAAGAAACAUGGUGUUGAUAGAAGUGGGUCAACAGCUGUGGGUGUCUUAAUUUCUCCUCAACAUACUUACUUCAUUAACUGUGGAGACUCAAGAGGUUUACUUUGUAGGAACAGGAAAGUUUACUUCUUCACACAAGAUCACAAACCAAGUAAUCCGCUGGAAAAAGAACGAAUUCAGAAUGCAGGUGGUUCUGUAAUGAUUCAGCGUGUGAAUGGCUCUCUGGCUGUGUCGAGGGCCCUUGGGGACUUUGAUUACAAAUGUGUCCAUGGAAAAGGUCCUACAGAGCAGCUUGUUUCACCAGAGCCUGAAGUCCAUGAUAUUGAAAGAUCUGAAGAAGAUGAUCAGUUCAUUAUUCUUGCAUGUGAUGGUAUUUGGGAUGUCAUGGGAAAUGAAGAGCUCUGUGAUUUUGUAAGAUCCAGACUUGAAGUCACUGAUGACCUUGAGAAAGUUUGCAAUGAAGUAGUCGACACCUGUUUGUAUAAGGGAAGUCGAGACAACAUGAGUGUGAUAUUGAUCUGUUUUCCAAAUGCACCCAAAGUAUCGCCAGAAGCAGUGAAGAAGGAGGAAGAGUUGGACAAAUACCUGGAAAGCAGAGUAGAAGAAAUCAUAAAGAAGCAGGGGGAAGGCGUCCCUGACUUAGUCCAUGUGAUGCGCACAUUAGCGAGUGAGAACAUACCCAGCCUCCCACCAGGGGGUGAACUGGCGAGCAAGCGGAAUGUAAUUGAAGCCGUUUACAAUAGACUGAAUCCGUACAAAAAUGAUGACACCGACUCUACAUCAACUGAUGAUAUGUGGUAAAACUGCUCAUCUAGUCAUGGAUUUACCUUCACCUCCAAAGGAGAGUACAGCUCAACUUCACUGAACCUUUUAAACAUCCAUCCUCAACUUCUAAGAAGGGCAUAUAUGACAUGGGUGAGAGUGAUUACACCAGAGAACUUCAGCAGUACAACAGCUAGCCCAGAACUGAUUUUUUUUGUUGUUGUAAAUUUGAGACUCAUGUAAACGUGAUUUCAAACCAUAAUUCAUAUGUUGUAAAUCAGACUCCAGCAAUUUUUGUUGUAUGAUUUUGUUUUUUGUAAAGUAUAAUUGUCCUUGUAAAAAAUGCUCAUAUUUAAUUAUGAACUGCUUUAAAUCACUAUCGAAGUUACAAGAAGUAUUUGGCUUAUCGUGUGAUGCAACAGAUAUAUAGCCCUUUCAAGUCAUGUUGUGUUUGGACUUGGGGUUGGGACAGGAAGAGCAGCAGCCGUGUCAGCUAGACACUCACAUGUGCACCUGAUUAUGGAGAAUUAUUCCAAAAUAUUAUUACAAAGCUGAAUAUCCAGGGAGUUAAUUGAAAACUAUUUUAAUGUUCUUGGCAGUGGGAUUGGAAUUGUUGAUAAAGUCGGUCCCUUCAUUUAACUGUCUUUUAGGUUCUUUCCUUGUUGCCAUGAGUAUUGCAGGUAAUAGAAUAUAUUCAUAAGAAUAUCAAUCUUGGGGCUAAAAUGCCUUGAUUCUUUGCACCUCUUUUACAAGUCCGUACAUUUAAUUACUAAUUGAUAAGCAGCAGCUUCCUACAAAUGGUAGGAGACUGCCACGUUUUUGCUAUCAUGAUUGGCUGGGCCUGCUGCUGUUCCUAGUAAGAUAUUCUGAAUUCCAUUUUAUCAAUAAAGCUUGAUUUAACAAACAAGAAAUUUAAUCAUGUAUGUGUAAUUCCUCCUUUACUCCGCCCUUAUUUUAAAACACCAUACCAUUGUAAAUGAGAAGUUUCUCAUGGAGAAAGAUGUUAGUCUCUUAAUUGGAAAAUACUGUUACUCAAGGCAUAGAUGGAACUGGUUCCCUUCUAUUAGAAAGACUGUAAAAGAUAUAAGUCUAUGUUGUUCCUUGAUCUAUUUUUAAGUGGGUUUCUUUCUGGCUACUUAUUUUUUCAUUAAGAUGUGUAUCAGCUUGAAUUUGCCUACUGUAUAAUUAAAAUAAUUGUCAAAGCUUGACAAUCUAACAGUGGUGGGGGCGUGUGCGUUUUUGUGUGUGUAUGUGUGUGUGUGUGUGCGCGCCUGUGACUUUAAGUGGCCCAUGUCUUUAGAAUCCAGGUAGUUAUGAUGUAUUUAGUGAUUUGAAAUACAGCAUGUUGAUAAUAUUUAGCAGUUGGCCUUUAAAAAUAAGUUCCAACAGCUUAAAGAGUUGUAGAUAUAAAAAUAACCUAAUUUAGGUUUCAAUUUCUCUGAUUAAGCAUGUGAAAGUAAGUUUUAAAAUCUGUCACAUUGAAAAGACUACUGCUGUGCCCUUCUGUAUUUUUGUCUCUUUGGGUUGAAUGUUGUAUUUACUCACCAUUUAAUUUAAUCAUUCAGUAAGCAGACUCCCCACUCAGUUCAGUUCAGUCACUCAGUCAUGUCUGGCCCUUUGCGACCCCAUGAACCGCAGUACGCCAGGCCUCCCUAUCCAUCACCAACUGCCGGAGUCUACCCAAACCCAUGUCCAUUGAGUUGGUGAUGCCAUCCAACCAUCUCAUCCUCUGCCGUCCUCUUCUCCUCCUGCCCUCAAUCUUUCCCAGAUUCCCCACUACAAACCUCUUAAAAUGUAAGAUUUAAGUACAACACCGAAUAUAAAAUCAAAACUGUAUAUAAAAAGUAGUAUAAUUUUGUUAUAUUUGUUUUUUUUCCUAACUUGGAAAUAUACAUAUUUGUAUAUAUAACCUUAAAACUAAUGUAAGGUUAGAGAAGUAUUGGAAACAAUAAUGUGAAAUGUCUCAGACUUAAGUAGUUACAUACCAGCAAAAUCUUUUCAUUAUCCUUCUUAUUUGUGAGGUGAUUAAAUGUAACUUAAUUGUAUUUAAUUUAUGUCUUAAGCCAGCAUGAAGAAAAACAAGUAUUAUUUAUAUUUAGAAAUCCGUAACAGUUGAAAUUACAGAACCAAUUCUGUACUUUACUUACAGGUAAAUGCUUAAUGUCUAAAUCUGUGGUAGGGUACAAAGUAUGAUAAUGUUCUAAGUUACAACUUUGUAAGCAUCCUAAUGUACAUUUAAUGAACACCAGUGCUUCUAGUAUAGAUUACGAGUACUGAAAACUAAAUUCCUAUUAUAAUUCCUUAAUUUUUUAAGUAGACUCAAGUUUUUAGUUAUGGAAAUUUCAAGAACUUGAACAGGAUUUUGAGAUGCAAAAUCUUAAAUCAUAACUAAAAUAUGUGAUGGAAAGCUAUAUUUCAAGCCAUUGUAGCAUAUUUAGUGACUUUUUGAGAGUCUUUUAAAAAGAGGAGGUUAAAAAUUCCUCUGUUAGAAUUGUUAGUACUGAAAUUAGGCCUGGAAGUGAGAGAAAAAUGUAUGAAGUAUUAUCUAAGAAGACUAAAUCUUUUCCAUGUGAGUCUAUGUUGCCAUACUAGAUAGAAUUUUUCAUUAUAAAAGGACAGGAAGGAAGUAUGCAUUGUAACGGCAGAGAGUGUGUGUUCUUGAUUCCUGGGGCUCAUGGUGUGUGGGGAACCAGCACACUUUUUAAAGGCACUUUUGCACCUCUGUUGUGCACUUCACUUUUGUACCACUUAAAUUUUUGACCUCCUGUCCCCUUUUGUGUGCUAAUUAGCAUCUCAGGGCAACGCCUCUGUUUUUUGAUAUGUUUGAUAUUUUCUUUGGAGGGAAAAAGUUCUUGUGUGAUGAUAACAUACUAUUCAAAUGUACUUUCAUUUAAAUGUUUUAACUUUGCUGCUUUUAAUGGGACAUUCAUUUUGUAUGGCAGAUUCUUGCUGCCCUAACAUUAGUAAUUUCACUGAUCUCUUGCUAUAUUUUAGCAAGGUAGGCUCUCUUAAUUUCCACUUUGUUAGGGAGUAUACUUUUACAGAUAACAGAAGCAGUUCUCAAUAUUGGCAUUAAUUUUAAAAAUCUAAGUGGUAUUUUUCUUACUCAGCUUUAGAACUGUUUCAAACUCAUUUUUAAUUAUGAUGCAUUAAUUUGUUUUUAGAGUUCUGUGCAAUUAGUGUACUGCUCACUUAAUUUUUUUUUUACUACAUAAAAUUAAGAAAUUUGGGUUAAAGAACAGAUCAACUAUAUAAUUCAAAUAAUGUGAAUUAUAGCAGUAGUUUCAGUGACCAUCCACUCACUUUUUCUACAAAAUUAAGUGUUAAUUGCAACAUGCUCUUCUAGGGUAAGCACCUUGGAACUAUCAAGAAAUGAAUAGGUCCUUGCUCUCAAGGAGUUUACAUUUGAAUAGAAUUUAUAAUCUAAUGUAUGUUAAUAUCAUAACUGGAUCACUCAUCCAAAAAAUAGCUACUGCCCACCUGCUCUCUGCCAGAUACUUUCCUGAACAAGGUGGGGCUCUGCCCAAAGAGCUUAUCUGCAGUUCCUUAGUCACUUGAAAACUCUUUUGUUUUAUUCUUCUCAGAGUUAAAAAUCUUAUUCAAAAGAAAAUUUUACUUAGAAAUAAAAUUGGAUUGAUGAGGCUCAUGUCUCUUCAGUGUGCUUGACUGCCUUUCACGAAUGGCUUAGACUUCCUGCUGACAGCAGCAAAUCAUAGAAAUAAGGUUAAUGUAUUUCUUAGAAGUAUCCAACCCUGGGAAUAGGAGUUUAAGGCAUUUGAAAACAUAUAUCUAGGACUUCCCUGGUGGUCCAGUAGUUAAGACUCCAGGCUUCCAAUGCAGGGUGCGUGGGUUCAAUCCCUGGUCAGGGAACUAAGAUUCCACAUGCUACAUGGUGCAGACAAAAAAGUUUAAAAAGUCAAAAGUAAAAACGCAUCUAUCUAACCUUAUUUUACCAAAAGUCUGUAUUUUCUUGAAAAAACACUGCCAAUGUUAAUAUCCAAUUUUAGCUAAGUGAUUACUGUGCUUUAAUUUUUUUUAAUAAUUUUACUGACCAUCUUUACAGAACAAAUUCAUAUGGAAAUUCUAUUUGUAGUUUCUGAAGGAACUGAUGAAACUGGUUACAGGGUUUUUUGGUUUUAAUUUUGAAUUUCAUGAUAUUGUAUACUUCUAAUUCAUAAAGUUUGAAUGAGAGGUUUAAACCUUUAAUGUUUUGAUUGCCAUUUGUACAGUAUUAUGUUAGGAUUUGGAAUUAGAAAAUACUAUGUAAAUAUUUCCAUAUAUAAAUGUUUCUCAUUUGAGAUUUUUCUUCAAAGGAAACUUUCAAGAGUUGCAUAUACUUUUGCUUUCAAAUACUGCUGGUGAGAUGACCAUUUUUAAAUUAAGUGAUCUAGUCUUCUAAUUAAGUUUUUCUUUUAGGCAUUAGAAAGACUAUAGUUUAAAAUUUAAGAAGCUUAAUUUUACUUCUUUCUAUAAUGUGGUAUGAGUUUAGAGUUGUAUUUAAUUUUUAUAUAAUACUUCAGAAUAUGCUUGAAAGAUUUAAGAAUACAUUUUCUAAAUAUUAUUAGUAUAAUACUGUAUUUUUUCAUUGGGUCAGAAUAUAAGUCUCAGUUACGUGUUAUUACCAACAGAAUGCUACACAGAGAUAAUCAAAGGCAUUUGGCUCCACUUCUGUUCCUUUUGACAUAGAUUCUUUCCCUUUUCCCUGUUUUAUAUAUUUAGUGUCCUCUGCUCUCAUAUUUUCCUAAUUAUAUUACCAGCAGGUAGGAGUAUGCCAGUUAGAAGCACUGUAUUAAAACUGAAAUUGUAGCUGACAGCUUAUACUUUUAUAAAGGGGAGGGGUGGGUUGUUUAACUUGAUACAACAACAGAGUGAAAUUUUUUCUCCCCUAUCCUAGAGGAAAUGUUGCUUCAUUUCCUCUACUACCCUCUUGGUGGCUUUUUUUUUUUUUUUCCAAACCAAAACAGGCCAAUUCCAUUUUCUUGAGCAAGAAAGCUUAGUGCAUUACCUCACCAAGCCAAUUAAUAACUGUGUAAACCUGGGCUGAAAAUAGGAAAAUGUGGGAAAAGGAGUGGGAAGAUGCCAGUGAGGAGGACAGAGGAAGGUUACUCUUAAUUAUUUAAAAAGCCAUAGAAAAGUCUUCCUUGGACCUAGCUGUAUAUUAAUAAGAACUGUUGCAUCACAUAAACCAGCAAGAACCAAUCUUUUCUUUUGCAGAUUGAUUUUUCUAACAAGUCAGAUGAUAAAAAAAAAAAAAAAAUUACUGCUUCUCCAGCAUAGAAACAACUGAGAAGUCUUUCAGUUCUUUUCAUUGUUCCGAAAGCCAGUGUUCUAUAAUAGCUUUCUCACUGAACUGAAUGUUUAGAAAAAUUGUUUAAAAAAAAUUUUUUUUUAAAUAGUCCUCCUCAUCCAGUAAAGAACUUUUAGUAAUAUUUGUAUUUGUAUGGUACUAUCUGAAGUUAGAUUUGUGUAAGAAAUUGGGUAGCUGCAGAACAAAAUUAGUACUAUUUUAAUUAGGUGUAAUGAAUGGCACAAAUUGUUGCAAUGCUUCUAAACCUUUUAGGGUCACAGGCCCUUUGAGACUGAAUAAUCCUAGGAAUUUGUCACCCAGGAAAAUGCAUAGAAUGCAAAUAACUCCUCAAAGUUUCCAGUAUUGUAGUGGUUCAUGGGGUCCUGGUUGAGACCCUAUACUACAAUACUACAGGGCACAUCAGCCUUUUUCCUUCAGAGCCCAUAAAAAAUACAUCAAAGAUGUCAAAAUAAUUUGAGGCUAUUUUAAAGAAUAGUUUCCAUAUUUAAAAGGUAGAGGAGGUAGGGGUCUAGGCUAGAAUUAAUUAACUGAUAUUAAUUAUGUUAAUAUCAGUAUUAACAUAUUCUUUUAAAAAUUUGUAUCUUGAGGGCUGGAAAGAGAAUGAUUAGUAUCCGGGCUAGUUUUGGAGGAUAACAUUUCUAAAUUUGCCACUUUUGAAUCUCAACAGACGAGGUAAAACAGAAAUGUUUAUGGAACAUUUCUGACCUGUGUAGUAUAGAUUUAGUAUAUUCACAAGCAGCACAUUUGACUGUCAGAUCUCACUCAGGUUUUAAGAUUUCAAGCUUCCUUUUGUCAGAGUUUAUUAAGUAUUUAAUUCACUUCAAAUUCUUAGGAAUUAGGUAUUUACUGAUACAGAUGUUAAAAUAGGUACAUACAGCCACCAAUGUACAGGAUUACGAGAUUUCUUUUAAGCAUAACUACCAUGAAAAAAUGGAUUAGCUUGUUGCAUUUGUUGCCAAAAUUGGAUGUUUGGUUAUAGUGUAUGUAAUUCCCAUUUGUGGGGAUUUUGAAACGGAGACUGUUGUCUUAUCUGGUUAGCCCUUACCCAAGUCAACAGCGUAUCUGCAGCAAAAUAGCUUAUUUAUAGUAAUAUGCCCGAAUACUGGUUGGUUUCACUCUUGAAAUUAUUUCAAUUAAUUUGUAUAAAUGUUAUGAGUGGAGAGACCGUGUUAAAAGCAUGUUGCAUUAUAUAUUUUUCAAAAUCCAUACAUGUAAAACUAAUACAGAAGUAUUUCCUAAACACAGUGUAUAACAAAAUUCUCCAUAGAAAUUCAUCUACUGUUUGUAGUUUAUGUGAUCCAAACUCUUAAAGAAAUUCCAUUAAUGUAUAUGUUGUAUUUUGUACAUUUCCUGGUCCAAAGAAAGUAUGUAAAUUCAGUUCUAACUUUUAAGAAUGUACUUUUUGUUUUCAAGUCCAUUGAAGAAAUCACAUUCAACUUGUGAGUGGAUACAGAUGUAUGAAAUGGAAAGUAGAAAUAAUUCUCGCUUGCAAAACUGGUGCCACCAAAUAAACAGGCAAUUGCAUAA